CCUGUACUCAUCCACUAUACUCCAAAAUGUCUCCCAUAGUCCGCUUCAAGGACUUUUUCCGAAAAGUAUACUACAUCAAACCUCCCGCUUCGCCCAUGUCUCAAGGCAGGGUUGACGAAGAACAUGCUCUCCAAUCGACCAAGACCGAUGUCGAAUCGCCGCCCGCCUCUCCCAGUAUCACCGACGAUCAGCUUCAGAGAUGGUGGACAUCCGCCUGGAUCCUCCAGAUCUUCUCGGAGAUCCUCGCUAUAAGCAACAUCAUGGACCUCUGCAACAAGUGCGGUUGGACCGUCAUUUGGUGUUUACUGCUCCAAUUCUGGGUCGGUUUCACGGUUUUCUGGUAUAUGGCAUGUCUACGGCACGAACUACUCGACAAAGCCGCCAAGGGUCAAUGCUGCGCUUGCACUCGCUGGAGGUUCAGUUGCAUGGUCUUGUUAUCGGUGCUCGUGCAGUUGUAUAUCGGCUUCUGUAUGAGGGGCGAAGCGUUUAGGCAAUAAAGCAACGCGAAAGUCGAAGCGUUUAAGCAAUGAAACAACGAGAAACUCGGAACGAGCCAGAGCUCCCCGCACACCUCUAUACAACACCAUACCACUCUGUACUCGACGCGGCGACUUUACGAAAUGAAAGACGAAUCCAUGAUGCGCCUC